ACCCCCAUCCAUUUCCGCAGUAUGAAUCGCUACGGCAGGCCCGGAUUUGUCGGAGGCGCAUCGUCAAACAAUCGAGCAUCUGCAAACACAAUCUGCCAGAAGUGUUUGAGCAAGGGUCAUUACAGCUACGAAUGCAAAGCGCAAGCUCAAGAACGACCAUACAUCUCUCGUCCCAGUCGCAGCCAGCAACUUCUGAAUCCCAAACUCAAGCCGAAGCUGGCCAACAUUGCGCCAACUCCUACGCCAACCGAGCAAGAGUGCGUCAAAUAUUACCUUGGUACUAUCUCAAGCGCAACCCAAAAGCCCGCCCAAGAAAGGCCGCGCAAACGCUCACUAGACGACAUGGACGACCACAGAUCUUCGCGCAAGCGCUCACGCUCUGCUGCAUCCUUCUCUUCGGCCUCCGUCUCGACCAUCUCCACCCGCUCUCCUUCUCCUCAAAGACCAAGAAACAGACAUGACGCAAAGCAAGAAAGAGAGGCAUCGGCCACAGGAGGUGCUGGCGACAAGCGAAUGCACCCUUCAAACUCUGUUACAUCGCCAGACCACAUGCAAUCGUUCGAAGCUCAUGGCCGCAACACCCGCAUGCGCAGAAAUUCGAGAAGCCCAUCUGAACGUGGAAGAAGAAGAGGCAGGUCAGCAAAUUCAGAAAUACGGAUGCGGUCCGCUUCCGACAGAAACACUCUCAAGGAAGGUCGUGGUCUUACACCCGUUCGACGACCCGACGAUGCCGACAACAACUCAAUGUUGGGGCAGCGUACUGACCUGGAGCGGGCCGAUUACAAAGCCUACCGAGAUCAAGACCGUGAGAUGAAGGAUGUGCCUGGUGGAGAACGCCCUAGGUCUCUGAGCCCUUUCAGCAAGAGAGUCGCCCUGACACAGACCAUGAACAGAUGA